AUGACUUCGAAGAGCCCAGUUGUCGACAUCCACACCCAUGUGUACCUCCCCCGCUACAUGGACCUGCUGCGCUCCCGCUCCGAAGUCCCUCGUGUCCUCACCCUCCCCUCCGGGGACGAACGUCUCGUAAUCCUCGCCGACGAAGCGAAACACGCAUCCGAUACUUCACAAGGCCGACCAAUUGGGUCAGAGUAUUAUGACAUUGCAAAGAAGAUGGAGUUUAUGGAUCAGCACGGAAUUGAUAUCUCGGUUAUUUCCCUCGCGAACCCAUGGCUGGAUUUCCUGGGAUUGGGACAAGCGGCACCGAUGGCGAGAAUGUUGAACACCGAUAUCGAGAAGAUCUGUGCUGAAUCAGACGGGAGACUCUUCGCCUUCGGAGUUCUUCCGCUCGUUGAAGACUCCCUAGCCGCCUCUACCUGCGUGAAAGAGAUCGAAACCAUCACAUCCACUUUCCCCCACAUCCGGGGCAUCAUCCUCGGCUCCCGCGGUCUCGGCCACGGUCUCGACGACCCCGCCCUCGACCCAGUCUACUCCGCCCUCGAAGCCUCAGGGCUCAUGAUCUUCCUCCACCCGCACUACGGCACCGGAAACGAAUCAUUCGGGCCCCGGAGUAACGGGCACGUACUCCCCCUCGCCCUAGGAUUCCCGUUCGAAACCACAACCUCGAUCGUCCGCCUAAUCCUGUCCGGCGUCCUCGACCGAUUCCCAAACCUCCGCAUUCUCCUCGCCCACUCCGGUGGAACACUCCCUUUCCUCGCUGGACGGCUGGAUAGUUGCGUCGCGCACGAUCCACAAGUCGCUUCACGUCUCAAACUCAAACCGUCAGAAUACCUGAUGAAGAUGUGUUAUGACGCUGUAGUGUAUCAUGAGGUUGGACUCAAAGCGACGACGGAGUUGGUGGGCGAGGGGAGGGUUAUGUUUGGGACUGAUCAUCCGUUUUUCCCGCCGUUGAAGGGCAAAGACGGGGAGGAGUGGAUGAGUGUUACGACGAAUUCUGCUGCUGUGAAGGCUGUGCUUGGAGAAGAGGGAGGUGAGGGGGUUAUGGGUGGAAAUGCGGUGAGGAUCUUGGGAUUGGAUAGAUGA